AGGAACGCCCCGUCUGUCGUUGAACCAAUAGGAGAAAGUGAGGAAACACGCGUUCUUACGACACACCGCUGCUGUGAACUUGGACACAGUUUCCAAUCUUUCCUUCAGCUGAAUGCGGUUCAGGAAAAUGGCGGUCCGAGCCUUAGAAAUCAUCUUUUUCCUUUAUUUCGCUUCUCACAUUCCGAUCACUUUAUUUAUCGACCUGCAAGCCCUGCUGCCUGAUCACAUCUACCCCCAGCCGCUCAAGGACCUGCUGAACUGGUACUCAAAGGAGUUCAAAGACCCGAUGGUUGUGGACCC